AUCAUUUUUACCUCUUCAUAUUAUGUCUCUUACUGCUACUCUUACUUCUGCUGCUGCUGCUGCUGCUGGUCAUCGUCUUGGUGGUGAUGAAUUUAAGCCUGAACAAAACCUUUCUGACUUUGACGGUUACAAGUUUGCUCCUAUUCGUGAAUCUCAAGUAUCUCGCGAGAUGGUCACUCGUUAUAUGAAUGACAUGCUCUAUUAUGCUGAAUCUGAUGUUGUCAUUGUGGGUUGUGGCAGUGCUGGUCUUUCUUGUGCCUGGGAACUCUCCAAGGAUCCCUCCUUGAAAAUCGCCAUCAUUGAACAAAGUGUCUCUCCCGGUGGUGGUUGUUGGUUAGGUGGUCAACUCUUUUCUGCCAUGAUUGUUCGUAAACCUGCUGACAAGUUUUUAGAUGAACUCGAGAUCCCUUAUGAAGAAAAGGAAAACUACGUAGUUGUCAAGCACGCUGCCUUGUUCACUUCUACCAUCCUUUCCAAGCUUUUGAUGCGUCCCAACGUUAAACUCUUUAAUGCCACGGCUGUUGAAGAUUUAAUUGUCAAGAACGGUAAAGUUGCUGGUGUUGUUACCAACUGGACUUUGGUCACUCUCAAUCACAACACCCAAUCUUGUAUGGACCCCAACGUCAUUGAAGCCAAGGUCGUUGUUUCCGGUACUGGUCAUGAUGGACCUAUGGGUGCCAGUGGUGUCAAACGAUUGGAGUCUAUUGGCUUGAUCAAGGAAAACAAGGGAAUGCUCUCUCUUGAUAUGAAUGCUGCUGAAGAUGAUAUCGUCAGAUAUACGCGUGAGGUUGUUCCCGGCAUGGUUGUUACUGGUAUGGAGUUGGCUGAGCUCGAUGGUGCUCCCAGAAUGGGACCUACUUUUGGUGCCAUGUUAAUCUCUGGCCAAAAAGCUGCCUACGCUGCUCGUGCUUCUCUUGCUAGACAAGCUGCAGAAGAGGAGAAGGCUUCUGUUUCCAUCUAAAAAAGUGUUUCUGAUAUUUGGCGUCUUUUUUUUUCUUCUGUUAUUAUUUUUUUAUAUAGGUUUUGAAAGUUGGUUGUUGGAAUAGUUUCUUUUUAUUUCUGUACGACUGGCUCUAGGGGUGCUUGGUACAAUCUUUUUUAUUUUGUCCUUGCUGAGAUCAUACCCUUCGAACGUGAUUUUCUGCAUAAUAGCAGCGCACGGAAGUUAGCCCAUGUCAAAUUCUUUUUUCCCCUCUUUAAUAAAAAAAAACAAUUUUUGUUCUUUGUCUUAAAAA